AUGUUUCUCGUAGUGCUCGCCCUUCUUGCUCUGGUUUUGUUUUUCCUUUUCUUCAAGUUGGUCAAGGCCGGGUAUUUUGAAACAGCAGAUGUAAGUUUUUUUUAAGCUAUUUACUAUUAUUAUUUAACCAUAUUAUUUCUUAUUCUUUCAGAUUUCCGUUGUUGAAAAGCCAGAGAUCUUGGGAAAGAAUGUUGAGAUCUUUUAUAAAUAUUACGUUGGAAGCUAUUCGAAUGUCGGAAGGUACAUCAAUGAAGUGAGAUCUUUGCUGCCCAAAGAAGCCAAAAUAAUUGCCAUUUAUUAUGAUGACUCCAAUAAAGUGGAAGAAGACCUUUGUCAAGCAGCGGUUGGAUGUGUUUAUUCAGGUGGGUCUACUCUAUUGUAAUUUAUGCCCAUUACAGUGGACGGAGAGAUUGAGAUUGAGCCAAAUUUCGUGACUCAAUUAAGUCGAUGGGGAUAUGAGCGGAUGAUCAUCAAUAAAGUUGGACGUUCAGUCCAAUUGACCCAGAAAUAUGGCGUUUUGUUCUCCAAUCUCCGUUUGGUCCGCCGAUCCUAUCCUCAAUUGGCUCAAUACAUCCGGGAUCAGAAGUUUGAGACUCCAUUGAACGUUGAAUUAUACCACGAUGAUAAGGUCGUCAUUCUCUCGCCAUUAGAUGAAACAAAAGAACUUGUCGUUCCCGAGGUAAACAGGAAAAUGAGCCCUCUAUAUUAUCAUAGGCACUGCGAUCGUAAACUUUUUGUUAUGAUAUGGUUUUGCUUUUGAUAAGAUCUUUUUUAGUACCUCCCCACUGAUGAAUUGAUCCAGCGUCAACUCCAAGCCCAUGCCGAGAGCUUCAAUGAUGAUUCCAGCGACUCGGAAGAUGACACAGAGGAAGUUGAAUCUGAUGAUUCCGAUGGCGAGGGCGACGCCAACAAUGUCUAA